CAGCCCCACCCUCUCCAGGAGCACCGGGUCCCUGUCUCGCUCCCUCUCCCCCAGCACCAACACCACGCCAGGCCUCUCAUCAGCCACCAACAUCACCAGCAUCACCCACUGCAGUACAACAGCCUGCACGACAUCAGUCACAGCGGCAGCAGCGCAGGCCUACCCAAACACCACCACCUGCCCCCCUCACCACACCACCUGAGCAGCCUCCCCUCCUCCACCCCGGCCCUGCCUCUGUCCAUAGCCAACCUCUCUACCUCACACUAUUCCUCCCUGCGAAGCCCGGCCCAUCGCCAUCCGGCCAUGUUCGCAACCCCCGCCACACUGCCGCCACCUCCGACCUUACCCACUAACAGUCUUGUGGUCCCUGGGCACCCUGCUGGCACCCCCUACCCUGAGCAUGACCUCCUGCGGCAGGAGCUGAACAACCGCUUCCUGGUUCAGAGUUCAGAGGGGUGGAGCCGGGGGCCGUCCUCCGCGGGGUCCCCGCUGGCCCCUGUGUCACUCCUGAGGGGAGAGUUUCACCAACACCAGCACAUGCAUCAGCACCAACACACCCACCAGCACACCUUCACGCCCUUCCCGCCCAGUCUGCCCCCGGCCACCAUCAUUCCUCCGCCCACCGCACCCCCCAUGGUGCGUACCCCAGCCAGAAAUUUUGACAAAUACGCUCCAAAACUGGACAAUCCAUUCAUUAGACAUUCAAAUUUCUUCCCCUCCUACCCCCCCACAAUGCCAGGCAUGCCCCCGCUGCUCCCACACUCAGGACCCUUCAGCUCACUGCAAGGAGCCUUCCAGCCCAAGUCCUCUAACCCCAUAGACGUAGCAUCCCGUUCGGGGGCAGUACCUCACACACUCCUACAGAAGGACCCACGGGUAUCGGAUCCUUUCAGGACAGCAGUUAGAAAACCUGGCAAGUGGUGUGCGGUGCACGUCCAGAUCGCCUGGCAGAUUUACCACCAUCAGCAGAAGAUGAAGCAGAUGCAGGUGGACCCUCACAAACUGGACAUGAAUGGAAAGCUGGACCUGUUCAGUCGUCCCUCUGCCCCAGGAGUGUUUCCUGGGUUUCCCUACACCCACGACCUAGCACGACCCAUGUUCUCCUCCACAGGUUCUGGCCAUCCGGCCGCCUCCCCGUACGGCCCCUCCCCCCACCACAGUGGCUUCCUGCCUCCCAGCCACUUGACAGAUCCUUUCAGUUGCUCCAGUACCUUUGGCGGCCUCGGCAACCUUUCAACCAGUGCCUUCGGAGGAUUAGGCAACCCCUCGCUUGGCUCCAACAGUGUCUUCGGCCAUAAAGAGGGCCCAGGGGGCCUGCCAGGCUUCGGCAGCCCUCACCAUGACACCUGGAACAGGCUCCACCGGACCCCACCCUCCUUCCCCACCCCUCCGCAGUGGCCCAAGUCUGCAGACACGGAGCGAAGCAACUCAGCAAACAGCCACGAGCGUGAACGGGAACGGGAACGGGAACGGGAGAGGGAGAGGGAGAGAGAACGGGAGAAAAGGGAUUCAUCCAUCAGCAAAGAGGAUAAGGAUAAAGACAGAGAUUCAAUUGACCGUAACCGUCACUCCAACCGUUCGUCCCCUGCAUCGGCCCCAACCAGCUACCAGAUCAGCAGCCUGAUCCGCUCUAACAGCCAGAACUCCAGCGACUCGGGUCGCCACCACAGCGGCAGCGUGGACCGGGUACGGGAGGCAGAGAAGGAGCUCCCGGAGCGCCACCGAGAGGUGGCCAUAGUGGGGGAGGUCAAGGUAAAGGAGAGCCGCUCCCCUGGAGGAGGGAAGGAGGUGACAGACAGAGACAGACGCUCCUCAGAAGACUCCAUCAAACCAGCCCACCGCACGCCCUCCCCCUACUCCAAGGCUGUCCUAUCUGAGACAGGCAUGAAAAUGGCUGGUGGCCCCCCACCCACGCUACUCAAGGAUGGGGACAGGGACAGGAAGGAGGUUCGUCCUUCCUCCGGGGGGGACCUGCUGCUGCACAAGGUGAAGAACGACAUGAAGAUCAAGGAGGAGCGCAAGGAGGACCAGGAUGUGGUGGUUGUGAGCUCCGAGCCCGCCCCUCAGCCUGCUCCUCCUCCUCAGCCUCUACCCCCUCAACCCCCCCAGCCUGGUCACCACCACCACCACCACCACCACCACCCUCCUCUGUCCCAGCAGCCCCCGCACCCCUCUCCACGCUGCAGUGAAAUGCCCACCCACGGCUCCCUGCACGGGGUGCACAUGGCCCACUCCUUGCCCCUCUCCAUGAGCGCAAUGCACCAGAUGGGCAGUCUCAACGUGCUAGACCGGGCUCGCAUGGCUCCAUUUAUGGGGGUGAGCCCCCUGGCUGCUGCUGCAGGGAGGGACCGGAUGCCCCACCAAGCCUUCCCCUGGGACCCACUGAGGGAGGCCUACCGCAACAUGGACCUGCAGCGCAGGAUGGACUUCCAUCUGAGGGCGGAGCAGGCCCAGCGCUUCCCCAGCAUUUACGAGCAGGAGCGGGCCUACCGGGAGAGAGAGGCCCAUGACUACUCCCACCACGAGCACCUGCUGGAGGUACGGCGGGAGCACGAGAGGAUGAGGCAACAUGCAGAGGAGAGGGAGCGCCAGCACCUGAGGGAGGAGCUGGACCGAGCGCGGCUCCACCAGCUGCACCAGUCCCCCAUGGAGGGACACCUGCCACACAUGCCCCCCUUCAUGCCCCACCUGGGCGGCAUGCCCUACCCCAGACUCAGCCCCUCCACUGGACACAAUGGCCUGCUGAACCGGACGCCCCCACCGCUGCACUUAGCGCCCCCUCCACUAGUGGCAGCGGGGAGCGCCAGACCAGCCUCCCCGAAGGACUACCCCCUCACCACCCAGGACCCCCGAGAUUACUCCCCCUCCCGCAACCCCAAAGAAGUGGAGGCACGGUAGCUUUACAUACAGACAAAGGACAUGGAUGACAAGACUCACUCCCCAAUUUGGAACCUUCUAGAGAGAACAAAAUGCACUGCUUUACGAUGGAGAAAGGCAUUAGUAAACGAGGAAACAGUAUGAUUGUACAAAGGAAAGAUUUGUAAGGUUGAAGAAGCACAUGCCAUGAUUUUAUUUGACAUGGACAGGCUGAUGAGAAUGUUGGUUAGAAGAACACGAAUCAAAAAGUAUGUGUACGUUUGUUUCCGACAUAAAAUUUGAUAUUAAUAUAUUAAUCUAAAACCUUUUUCGAUUUUGAGCGAAAAGUGAUAUUCUGAUUAAAAUGAGUUUGUACAUUUCCUAUCCUUGUUCCAUGUAUAGACAUCAUUUUUAUGAAUUUGUAUUUUGUGCGUUAGUCUCUUAUUUUCAAUAUCCCAGUCCAUUGUGAGACAUAUGAAAGAGGAUGCUCCAUGGUACAGACUGGACUUUUUACCCUUACAACAGUAAUAUAACCUCAUGGUACAUGGAAAUACUCAUUAGUGAUAAUGUACGGAAUUACAUGAAAUAAUUUUUGCGUUUUAUUUGCUUUGCCUUUGAGAUAUGCAGACAAAUAUAUAUUACGAGGUCUUUGUUCGGUCUCUGUAAAGAAAAUUCAUGUAAAUAUCUUGUUGAUAUUCCUUGCAGCAAAAUUACAAUGUAAAUUUAUUAGGCUUUUUAAAUGUUUCUAGAAAAACAAAUUAAAUCAAAACUGAACCACUUGCCGGUUGGAAACCAUGGUAACAGACGAUCCUGUCCAAUGGGAGGGAAGGAGGGCGGGCAUCAGAAGGGGGCUGGAAUGAUCAUCUGCAAUCUAUGCAAAGAGGCGCUGAGCACCCCGAUGGAGAGCCACCUGGAAUGGAAUGGACACUGUUGGAUAAUGUUGAUUCAGUGAGAGGAACUUGGAAUAACUCAACAUGUUUUUUUUCCGAUGAUGGCCAUGGAAUUAUAAACCUACAGACUUCCCCGUUACAGAGAAACUGUACUAGAAGCUUACAUGCAGCCCCAGUAAAAUGAAUUGACAGCAAAGGAAGACACUUUUGAUUGGGCGGCAAUAGGACUUUCUCUGUCGACCGUUGUGGUGUUGUGCAGUUGUUGUUUUUUAGACUUGUAUACAAAACAAGUAGAGUUUUAGGCGUGCAAAAAAAAUGAAAACAAACAUUCAUGAUUUAAAAUUGUACGGAAUAAAGUUUGGACCUAA